UCUUGUGCCUUACUGACUGUCUUGUUUGUACCAUUGUAUGGACCUAUAAGGACACCAAUGUAGCUGGUUUUCAGGAGACGAAAGACAAGGGCUUGAGGAUGAUAUUUAGGAAGGUAGAGCACCUUCUGCCCCUUGCUGUUCUCCUCCAUCUGUCCAUCAUUCCCACUGAAACUAAAGUGGUGACAUCAGUGGAAGAAUGUAAUGAGUUUUUUCUUCAGCAAACUCCACCAAGAAUCCCGGGAAUUUUGGAGGGAGGGGAUAUCCUGGACCAGAACAGAUACAGAAUGAUUUGCCAAACUUUUAAUGACAUCAGAACAUUUGUGACACUCUACGACACCCACAACAAGAUUCCAGUGUUUUCUGCAGCAAAGUACAGAGGAGGGGGAGGCAAGAGACCAAACAGCAUUUGGAUGAUUGAACCACAGCUUGAAAACAAUGACAACAUGAGAGUAGCAAAGAAUAUUACUUUGAAAAAUCAGGCCGGGAACGAUGAUUAUAAAAACACACAAGGGUUUGACAGAGGACAUUUAUUUCCAAGCUCGUAUGGAUCUACUGAAAGUGAACAAAGCUCUACUUUCACCCUGACUAACAUUGUUCCGCAAACAGACAACUUCAACCAGGGAAGCUGGAAUAAAAUGGAGAUAUGCAUUAAAUGUGUGUUGAAUGAAUAUUGCAUUAACAAUAAUGGCAAUAUAGAAGGCUUUGUAGUGAUUGGAGCAAAGCCCAGCAGCAGAAAUAUCCUGAACAAAAAGAUCAAUAUUCCUUCAGUACUCUGGUCGGCAUUCUGCUGCUACAGUCACAGUAAAAAGAAAUGGUUGGCAAGUGCACACUGGGGCAAAAACACAGCUGAUGGGCCAAAAUAUCUGCAGACGCAGAACUUGAAAGCACUCCAAAGAACUCUGGGAGUUGAAGCAUUUCCUGAAACACAAUGUCCUCUUCAUACAACCGUAACUGAGGUUUACUCAGAACUUUCCUCUAACUGCAACUGCCCACCAGCCAUGUCAAGUACAACGACUUAUGGUCCUCCCAGCACCACACUAUCCGCAACUGGCACUACCUUCGAGGCUCCCAGCACCACGCCCUCCACCACCUCUGGCCCACCCAGCACCAUGCCCUCCACCACUUCUAGUGCACCCAGCACAACUUACUAUACCAACUGCACCAACACUGGCCCUAUCAGCAGAAUGCCCUCCACCACCUCUACCACUCCAAGCGCUACUCACUCGGCAACUGGAACCACCUCUGGCCCUCCCAGCACCAUGCUCUCCACCACGUCUGUUUCUCCCAGCAAAACUCACUAUACCACUGGCACCACCACUGGCACCACACCUCCCAACACUGGCACUACCUCAGAGGCUCCCAGCACCACGCCCUCCAACACCACUAUCCCUCCCAGCACUAUUCACCCUGCUAGUGGCACCACCUCUGACUCUCCCAAACCUACUCACUCUACCACUGGAACCACUUCUGGCGCUCCUAGCACCAUGCUCUCCACCACUUCUGGUACUCUCAGCACUACUCACUAUAACACUGGAACCACCUCUGGCCCUCCCAGCACCUUGCCCUCUACCACUUCUGGUGCACCCAGCACUACGCACUAUACCACCGGCACCAAGGCUGUCCCUAUCAGCGCCACGCCCUCCACCACCUCUACCGCUCCCAGCGCUACUAACUCUACCACUGACACCUCGUCUGGCGCUCCCAGCACUACUCACUCGGCCACUGGACCCACCUCUGGCCCUCCCAGCACCAUGCCCUCCACCAAUUCUGGUGCUCCUAGCACAACUCAAUAUACCACUAGCACAAUCUCUGGCCCUUCCAGCACCACACCUCCCAACACUGGCACUACCUCAGAGCUCCCGGCACCACGCCCUCCACCACCUCUGGCCCUCCUAGCACUACUCACCCAACUAGUGGCACGACCUUUGGCUUUCCCAAAACUACUCACUCUACCCCUGGAACCACUUCUGGCGCUCCUAGCACCAUGCUCUCCACCACCUCUGGCCCCCAGCACCACACAUUACAACACUGGCACUACUUCAGAGGCUCACAGCAACAAACGCUCUACCACCUCUGGCCCUUCGAGCACCACACCUUUCAAAACUGGCACUACUUUAGAGGCUACCAGCAACAUGCCCUCCACCACCUGUGGCCCAGCUAUAACAACCAACUCUACCACUGGAACCACGGCUGGCCCUCUCAGCACUACUCACUCUACCACUGGAACCACCUCUGGCCCUCCCAGCACCUUGCCCUCUACCACUUCUGGUGCACCCAGCACUACGCACUAUACCACCGGCACCAAGACUGUCCCUAUCAGCACCACGCCCUCCACCACCUCUGGCCCUCCCAGCACUACUCACCCGACUAGUGGCACGACCUCUGGCUUUCCCAAGACUACUCACUCUAUCACUGGCACCACCUCUGGCUCUCUCAGCACCACACAUUACAACACUGGCACUACCUCAGAGGCUCCCAGCAACAAACGCUCUACCACCUCUGGCCCUUCGAGCACCACUCUUUCAAAACUGCACCAUGCUCUCCACCACCUCUGGCCCUCCCAGCACCACACAUUACAACACUGGCACUACUUCAGAGGCUCACAGCAACAAACGCUCUACCACCUCUGGCCCUUCGAGCACCACACCUUUCAAAACUGGCACUACUUUAGAGGCUACCAGCAACAUGCCCUCCACCACCUGUGGCCCAGCUAUAACAACCAACUCUACCACUGGAACCACGGCUGGCCCUCUCAGCACUACUCACUCUACCACUGGAACCACCUCUGGCCCUCCCAGCACCUUGCCCUCUACCACUUCUGGACUACACACUAUAACACUGGCACCACCUCUGGCCCUCCCCGCACCACACAUUACAACACUGGCACUACCUCAGAGGCUCCCAGCAACAAACGCUCUACCACCUCUGGCCCCCCAAGCACCAUGCCUGUCACCAAUUCUGGUGCUCCCAGCACUACUCACUCUACCACUGACACCACCUCUGGCCCUUCCAGCACCACACCUUCCAACACCGGCACUACCUCAGAGGCUCCCGGCACCACGCCCUCCACCACCUCUGGCCCUCCCAUCACUUCCACCUCUAACACUGGAACCACCUCUGGCCCCCCAAGCACCAUGCCUGCCACCAAUUCUGGUGCUCCGAGCACUACUUACUCGGCCACUGGAACCACCUCUGGCGCUCCCAGCACAAUGCCCUCCACCACCUCUGGCCCUGCUAUCACUACCAACUCUACCACUAGAACCACCUCUGACCCCCCAAGCACCAUGCCUGUCACCAAUUCUGGUUCUCCCAGCACUACUCACUAUACCACUGGCACCAACACUGGCCCCCCAAGCACCAGGUCCUCCAACCCCUCUGGCCUUCCCAGCACUACUCACCCUACCACUGACACCACCUCUGGCCCUCCCAGCACCAUGCCCUCUACCACUUCUGGUACACCCAGCACAACUCACUAUACCACUGGCACCAACACUCGCCCUAUCAACACUAGGCCCUCCACAACCUCAAUCGCUACCAGCGCUACUAACUCUACCACUGACACCCCCUCUGGCGCUCCGAGCACUACUCACUCGGCCACUGGAACAACCUCUGGCGCUCCCAGCACCAUACUCUCCACCACUUCUGUUUCUCCCAGCAAAACUCACUAUAACACUGGCACCAUCUCUGGCCCUCUAAGCACCACAGAUUCCAACAUUGGCACUACCUCAGAGUCUGCUAGCACCACACGCUUUACCACCUCUGGCCCUCCCAGCACCACACCUUCCAACACUGGCACUACCUCAGAGGCUCCCAGCACCACACCCUCUACCACCUCUGGCCCUUCCAGCACUACUACAUUUCCUCUUUCUACCACAUCUAGUCUCUUCACUGCCACAUCUCGUCCUCCUACAACAACAUCUGGACCAACUUCUACCACAUCUGGCCACUUCACUACCACAUCGGACCUUAUGACAUCUACAUCGCUUCCUGUUACUACAACAUGUGUCCCAUCUUCAACCACAUCACUUUCUCUUGCUACAACAUCUGACUCACUAUACACAUCUGGCCGCUUCACUACCACAUCGGACCCUGUCACUACUACAUCCCUUCCUAUUACUACAACACCUAGCCCAACUUCUACCACAUCUGGCCCCUUCAAUACCACAUCGGGCCCUGUCACUACCACAUCCCUUCCUAUUACUACAACACCAACUUCUACCACAUCUGGUCCCUUCACUACAACAUCGGACUCUGUCACAACUACAUCUCUUUCUCAUACUGAAACAUCUGGAAUCUUCACUACCACAUCUCCUCCUCCUACUACAAGAUCUAGACCAACUUCUACCACAUCUGAACCCUUCACUACAACAUCGGACCCUGUCACUACCACAUCCCUUCCUAUUACUACAACAUCUGGCAUAACUUCUACCACAUCUGGACCCUUAACUACCACAUCAGUCCAUAUCCCAAAUACAUCGCUGCCUCUUAUUACCACAUCUGGUUUCUUCAAAACUACAUCAGUUCCACUGAAUACAUCAUCUGACUCAGUAUCCACAUCUAGCCCAUUCAGAACGCGCUUUACCAACUCUAGCCCUCCCAGCACCACACCUCCCAACACUGGCACUACCUCAGAGGCUCCCAGCACCACACACUCCAACACCACUAUCCCUCCCAGCACUACUCACCCUACCAGUGGCACCACCUCUGGCUCUCUCAAAACUACUCACUCUACCACUGGAACCACUUCUGGCGCUCCCAGCACCAUGCUCUCGACCACUUCUGGUGCUCCCAGCACUACUCACUAUAACACUGGCACCACUUCUGGUCCUCUCAGCACCACACCUUACAACACUGGCACUACCUCAGAGGCUCCCAGCAAAAAACGCUCUACCACCUCUGGCCCUUCCAGCACCACACCUCCCAACACUGGCUCUACCUCAGAGGCUCAGGGCACCACGCCCUCCACCACCUCUGGCCCUCCCAGCACUACUCACUCUACCACUGGAACCACCUCUGGCCCUCCCAGCACCUUGCCCUCUACCACUUCUGGUGCACCCAGCACUACGCACUAUACCACCGGCACCAAGACUUCUCUUCACUGCCACAUCUCGUCCUCCUACAACAUCUGGACCAACUUCUACUACAUCUGGCCACUUCACUACCACAUCGGACCUUAUGACAUCUACAUCGCUUCCUCUUACUACAACAUCUGGACCACCUACUUAUCAUCCAAUGAUAGUAACACACCAACUUCUACCACACCUGGCCCCUUCACUACAACAUUGGACCCUGUCACAACUACAUCUCUUUCUCAUACUGAAACAUCUGGAAGCUUCACUACCACAUCUCUUCCUCCUACUACAAGAUCUAGACCAACUUCUACCACAUCUGAACCCUUCACUACAACAUCGGACCCUGUCACUACCACAUCCCUUCCUAUUACUACAACAUUUGGCAUAACUUCUACCACAUCUGGACCCUUAACUACCACAUCAGUUCCACUGACUACAUCAUCUGACUCACUAUCCACAUCUAGCCCUUUCAGAACGCGCUUUACCAACUCUAGCCCUCCAAGCACCACACCUCCCAACACUGGCACUACCUCAGAGGCUCCCAGCACCACGCACUCCAACACCACUAUCCCUCCCAGCACUACUCACCCUACCAGUGGCACCACCUCUGACUCUGUCAAAACUACUCACUCUACCACUGGAACCACUUCUGGCGCUCCUAGCACCAUGCUCUCCACCACUUCUGGUGCUCCCAGCACUACUCACUAUAACACUGGCACCACCUCUGGUCCUCUCAGCACCACACAUUACAACACUGGCACUACCUCAGAGGCUCCCAGCAAAAAAUGCUCUACCACCUCUGGCCCUUCCAGCACCACACCUCCCAACACUGGCUCUACCUCAGGGCUAAUUUUCAAGCUAUAA